AUGGCAGGUAGGGCCAAAGAUCGAUCCUACAUGCUUCAGGUGUUCGCUCUGUGCCUUGCCCUGCUCGCUGCAAGCUUGCAAGGCUGUGGCGGCUGUGAUACGACCAAGGCUACCGAGUGCGUCUCCACCUGGGAGCAGUAUGUUGUAGACAACCAAGCAGACAUCAUAGAUGGUGCAGUGACGCGACCGUGCGCCGCACUGAAGGACAUGGUCAAUUGUAUCAAAGAGAACAGUUGCUGCGGCGACUCCGAGAUCAGCCAAAGCAUGAAUGCCGGCAUCGACGCAAUCUCGAAAAACGGAGGGUGCACAGGUGACAAUGCGUUGCCAACCUGUGAUUCUGAUGCAUGA